AUGUCAUGGGAAGCAGUGUCUAAAAAGGCCCAGGCUGAUUUACUGAACUCUCUUCCUAGCAAAUGGAGGAUUGACACCAAGGUCUUUUCGUCAGUGACUGAUGUCACUCAAGUACCCAAGACAUGCGGCAUCUUGACACAGCGCCAACUUCAAAUUACUGAGCUCACUGCGACGGAAUUGGGAAGACGAAUCAGGUCUCGCCAGCUCAAAGCAGUAGAAGUUUUGGAGGCGUUUGCUGCGCGCGCUGCUAUUGCCCACCAAUUAGUUAACUGUCUCACAGCAUGGCAUCUUGAGGAAGGGCUACAGCAGGCCCAACACCUGGAUGACAUCCUGGACGGAGGAGGGAAACCUCUGGGUGAUUUACAUGGUGUUCCUGUAGCACUGAAAGAUACUUACAGCGUGAAAGGCCAACGAACUACUCGGGGCUACGUUAAGAAUCAUGAUGCUCCGGUCGAAGAUCAUGAUUCUGCCGUCGUGGCCACACUUCGUGCAGCAGGCGCCGUCUUCUUUUGCAGAACCACCAUGCCUCAGACGGGCAUGGCUCUGGAAACAACAAGCAAUCUGUGGGGUCGAACGCUGAAUCCAUUCAAUACCAAACUUGUUGCCGGAGGGAGCUCUGGUGGAGAUGGUGCUCUAGUCGCUCUGAAGGGAUGUCCAAUUGCGCCAUCAUCGGAUAUCGGUGGUUCGAUUCGUAUUCCCGCGGCUUUCAAUGGACUUUAUGCCAUUCGGCCCACUUCGCUUCGAGUGCCGAAGGCUGGCUGGGGAGGCACAAAGACAGGCCAGAUCUCUAUCCGAGAUUCAGCGGGUCCUGUUUGUCACUCCGUUCAAGACGUCCGGAUGUUUACAAAAAUCCUUAUUGGGGAUUCAUCCAAUCGAUAUGAUGUGUCUGCUGUUCCCAUUCCCUGGAGGGACUUGACACGGCCUAAAGACAAGCUGACCAUUGGCAUAAUGAAAUGGGAUGGGGUGGUCAUGCCUCAGCCACCUGUUCUCAGAGCUAUCGAGCACACCAAACAGGUACUUGUCCGACACGGAUUUGAAGUCAUCGAAUUCAAGCCCCCAUUCGAUUGCUGGGAGCUUGCGAAAUGCACGUUUAAUAUAUACUUCCAGGAGGCGUGCGAAGAGACCCUUGCAAAUCUCAAACCCAGCGGAGAACCGCUCAUUCCGGCUUUCGCAGAUCUGAUGAAGGUCUACAAGGCAGACCAUCUUACCGCUCUGCAACUUUGUCACCUUAACUUGAAGAUCAGAGAGUUCAAAGAUGAGUUUGCAGACGCUUGGAAGCGAACAAGCGAAAUUACCACCUCUGGUCGUCAUAUGGACGCCAUGAUUUGUCCUGUUUCCCCUUCAGCUGGCGCACCGCAUGACUUCAAUGCAUACUGGGGGUACACAUCGAUGUUUAACCUGCUCGACUAUCCAUCGACAGUUUUACCCGUUACGAACUUCAGGAUUGAUGCUGGGAUUGACAAGGUCGACUCCUUGUACGAGCCUGUGAUGUCGAAUCCGUACGACAAAGCGUAUCAAUCUAUGUACGACCCGGAGGUGUUCCUCAAGCAGCCGUCCGCCGUACAAAUAGUUGGCCGCCCGUUUGACGACGAAGAGCUUAUUGAAGUCACAGCUGAGAUUGAUGCCAUAUUGAAUGCGACCGGGGGAGUUCAAUCAAAGCUUUGA